UCGGAGUGUGCUCGUUCUUACUCGCCUCUCAAAAGAAGCCCAGAUGAGGGACCAUUCGAUGUCACAGACCCAAAUCAUUUCCAUGCUCCGUACAAUAUGCGUCUGCUUCCGAAAUAUCUCGUUGAUAUCCAGGUCUGCGGUUUCUGCUUCUGGUGUGGGUAUUCAUCUCAGUUUCUGGACCAUAUUGUCUGCCAUGGUUACAUUGACACUGGAACUGUUUUGUCAACUUGCACUAGGAAAGAAUUUUUAUUACUUUCGGGGUCACGCUUGUCUAAAAAUGCGGAGCACCUCGAUCAUGUCGAAAGUCUAAUUCCAAAUAAAAUUCUUGGUUCGGUAGGAGAAGAAGCUCUUUCUUCUAUCACUAGGAAACCGAAACGGAGAACAUCUAAAGAAGGUAACGAAAAGCUCAUCAAGACUAUACACCCAAUUCAUCCGUAUACGACAACGAUGAAUCCGAUACCAGUUCUAUCGCUAGUUCAACGAAUGACUUUUCUGGGUCCAAAGAUACUCACGCACAAAGUGGAGUGCAGCCUUCGGCAGAUGCGCAAAGCUCGAUGGCUCCAACAAGCACUACAGAUACCCAUUCAGAGCGAAUAUUCCAUGAUGUUUCCUCCUAUAGUAUGGAUGGUGAGCUUUUAG